AUGGUCUUUUCCAUCGAGAACUCAACACCAUCAGCCUCGCCUCUUGGCGGUUCUUCAAGGAAAAGCAUCAAUAAAACAACAGAUAAGACACCUAAGAGAGAAGUCGAUCGAAGUGCAUAUUUCCAAUCUCCGAAUGAUCUUGGUAUAUUACAAACUGUCUUUAUUGUUAGUUAUAUGAUUAUGGCUCCAAUUUUUGGUUAUCUGGGUGAUCGAUAUUCAAGAAAAUAUCUAAUGGCCGCUGGGAUCCUUUUUUGGUCCAUGACCACUUACCUUGGGUCAAUUAUUCCUGCCAAUGCUUGGGGCUGGUUCCUUUUCAUGAGAGCUAUGGUUGGAACUGGAGAGGCUUCUUAUUCAACUAUUGCACCAACAAUAAUUGGUGAUUAUUUUAUUGGCACCAUGAGAACUCAGAUGCUCGGUGCUUUCUUUUUUGCUAUUCCCGUUGGAUCUGGUUUUGGUUAUAUUUGUGCUGAUUUACUUUCAAGAUCAUUCGGAGAUUGGAAAUAUGCACUUCGAUCGACUCCUCUCUUAGGUGUCUUAUCUGUUGUUUUAUUGAUGCUUUUCCUUGAAGAACCGCCAAGAGGCGAGGCUGAUGGUGUUGAGCUGAUGGAAAAAUCAAAUGUUAAAGAAGAUUUAAUUUAUUUAACUAAAGUUCCCUCUUACAUUUGGUCGACGAUUGGAUUUACUUGCGUUUGUUUCACCACAGGAUCACUCUCAUGGUGGGCUCCUCAUUUCAUGGAAAAUGCUUACAAACUUCUCGAUGGAAAAGACCAUAACGGGAUAUCUCUUAUUUUCGGAGCCAUAACUUCAGUCGCUGGUAUCUUCGGCUUCUUGAUUGGAGUUUCUUGUAAUUCCAAGAAAUACAGUCAAAUCAAUUUCUUCUCAACGAAAUGAGUCAAUCGAUUUAAGAUUCAAUCAUAAUGAAAAGUCCAUAUGAAUUCAUGGAAAAGAAGAAUAUGAGAAGAGUAGAAGAAAAUUCUAAUGAGAUGAAAACGAUGGCUCAACUUAUACCCACUCUCAGAGUUUCUUGUGUUCGCUAUUAAUAGAAACUAUUUGAGUUCCAUGUAAGGUUACGAAA